AUGAAGACAGCGAACAAAGUGUCCUGCGCUUUCAACGUCGUGGAGGCGUUCUUCAGCGCCAUGGCCUUCGGGGACGACAUCAAUGGGAUGAUACGGACCUGUCCGCCACCUCGCCCUCCGCGAUCCGAGUACGCCUGCCAGGUACCGGGGUUCAAAGGGUUUAGGCUGAUGUAG